GCCCGGCCCUUGCCUGCCCUGCAGCCGACUGCUGUCGGUGGGGUCCCUCUGCGGGGCGGGCGGGCGCUGGCCCCGGGGGAGCGCUGGGCUAGGCAUGCGCACUCGCCGGAGAAGCCUUGGGGUGGUGAAGGCGGGAUCGCCUUGUUUGAAUUCUGCGGUUGAACAGCUACGGGCAAUUGGCAGCGUUUCUCUCUCCUCUCUUGGUGGUGGUGUGGGAGCAGCUUUGGGUACAGCGCAGCGGUUCCCUGCAGACUUCCUUCCAGUCGAACUUGCCCCGAAGCGAGUUGGUCGCUUUCGGAGCGCUGUCUCUCGGUUCCAGCUCGCCGGAAACGGCAGCGCGGUCCGAAGUCACAGCCCGUGGAGGAGAUCACUAACCAAGUUCGUGUACUCGGUUACGCAGGUCUGGCCCCUUACAAGGCUAAUAACCAAAUGAGUGCAAAAUGCACUCAAUUUUUAUUUUCAUUUCCCACUACAUCACUGCUUUGCUUGCUCAUAUCCCAAAUUGCCAGGAUACAGAAACCGAUAAAAGAUUCCUGCUAAGAAAUACUUUCUUCUACCUCAGCAUUAAGUGUUUUCAAGACUUCCUAGCCCUCCUCCUGCAUGUGUGUUUGCUUGGGUUACAGACGCCAGACAUGAUGCUGGGAAGUGCUGAGCUCUGAGCUUCCAUUAAAGUCACCAGCAAAGUAUCCAGAAAUCAAGACUCUGAUGGGACCAGAUCCACAUUUAAAGUGGAUUGUAUCUGGAAUGGUUUUCCUGCAGUUUCUAGCAUGCUACCUGGUAAAAGAUUUACCUUGGAAAUGGAUUAUCUUCUGGGCUUAUGCUUUUGGGGGUUGCAUCAACCACUCACUGACCCUAGCCAUCCAUGAUAUUUCACACAACGUCGCCUUUGGGAAUAAGCAGACCAAAUGGAACCGAUGGUUUGCAGUCUUUGCCAACUUGCCUAUUGGCGUCCCUUAUUCUGCUUCCUUCAAGAAAUACCACAUCGACCAUCAUCGGUAUCUUGGUGGGGACAGCCUGGAUGUGGACAUUCCCACAGACUUUGAAGGCUGGUUUUUCUGUACGCCUCUUCGGAAACUGCUUUGGCUUUUCUUCCAGCCUCUGUUCUACAGUCUGAGACCACUGUAUGUGAACCCCAAAGCAAUUACACAGAUGGAAAUUUUUAAUGCUCUUGCCCAGUUUUCCAUAGACCUUAUAAUUUAUUACCUUUGGGGGCUCAAACCUGUUGUUUAUUUAAUAGCAGGUUCAAUUCUUUGCAUGGGUUUACAUCCCAUUUCUGGACACUUCAUAGCUGAACACUACAUGUUCUUAAAAGGGUAUGAGACAUACUCUUAUUAUGGACCUCUGAACUGGCUCACCUUUAAUGUAGGCUACCACAUGGAGCAUCAUGACUUCCCCAGCAUUCCUGGAUGCAGAUUGCCAAUGGUGAAGAAGAUUGCAGCAGAAUAUUACGAUAACCUUCCACAUCACCAGUCCUGGAUUCGGGUUCUGUGGGACUUCGUUUUUGAUGACACUAUUGGUCCUUAUUCAAGGGUUAAGAGACUAUGCAAGCUGGCAAAAGCAAGCUAAUAGACUAGCUCUGCCAGCUGCAUUGGUGUUGUGUUUGUUCAUUUGAAUGACUUCUCUGCAAAAGUAGGAGGAUGUUCGUGUGUGCUGAAUUGGCAUUGGUGUGUGCUCCUUAGACGAAGAAGUAUGGAAAUGAAGCAACUGGAUGCACUAUUUUAGACUAUUGAUACUUUUUAAUAAAGGAUAUUUGUGUAUGUAACCUUGAGAAAUUAGAGUAAGCUAUGAUUAUAUGAACUUUGGCCUAGGCUUAGAAUUAACUUCCUGGGCCACAUGUGCCUACAUCUGAGUUUUGGCCUUAUCUGAAUGUAGACUGCUUGAUGCGUGUAUGUGUGAGCAUGAAUGUGUGUAGUUUUGGACUGGUUUUGCUUCAUGCCAGGUAAGAUGUAGAUGCUCUGUGUGCACGGGACUGUGGAAGCAGGGAAGACUGGCACACAGUAGUAAACAAUACUUUCUGGAGAACACAAGAGUGCCUUUAGUUCAAUGCCAUAUCUAAUCCAGUAUCUUCUGAUAAUUGCUGGUAGCUGAGAUUUUGUAUAUGCAAUGGAGUAUGUGUAUGUUUUUUGUACAUUUGUGUCAUUAUUUCAGUAGCUGCUGUUUGACCUUUACUCCAGGACUUUGUCUAAACCUUUUCUGAAUGCACUUCUAUUCUUCAGAUAUAACUCAUUGUAGCUAACCGGCAGAGCUGAACUGUAGU